AGUACGGCUCAAGCCUGGAAGACGACGUGGUGGGGGACACCUCGGGGUACUACCAGAGGAUGUUGGUGGUUCUCCUUCAGGCGAACAGAGACCCUGAUGCUGGAAUCGACGAAGCUCAAGUUGAACAAGACGCUCAGGCGCUGUUUCAGGCCGGAGAGCUCAAGUGGGGCACCGACGAGGAGAAGUUCAUUACCAUCUUCGGAACACGGAGUGUGUCGCACUUGAGAAGGGUGUUUGACAAGUACAUGACCAUAUCGGGGUUCCAGAUUGAGGAGACCAUCGACCGGGAGACUUCUGGACACCUGGAGCAGCUGCUGCUUGCCGUUGUGAAGUCGAUUCGAAGCAUACCUGCCUACCUUGCAGAGACCCUCUACUACGCCAUGAAGGGAGCCGGGACAGAUGACCACACCCUCAUCAGAGUCGUGGUGUCCAGGAGUGAGAUCGAUCUGUCCAACAUUCGGAAGGAGUUCCGGAAGAAUUUUGCCACCUCACUGUAUUCCAUGAUCAAGGGCGACACUUCUGGGGACUAUAAGAAGGCCCUGCUGCUGCUCUGUGGAGGGGAAGACGACUGACCGCCCCUGGGGAGACGCCGCCCACCCGCCUCUGCCUGCUUGAGCCUGGCCAGCCGACCCCGUGCCCAGUGCCCGCCUUGACCCUGCGGUUGGAGUCCCUGGCCAGAGCACAGAAGGCACGUGGGGCUUCCGGCUGGUCCUCCCUCGUCUCUCUGCAGUGCCUGCGAGUCUCCGGGGUCCUUCCUUGAGCGUCUGAGUCGCUGGGAUCUUCCUCUAAGAGGCCACAUUGCUUUGAGCCAUUUUAUAGCUUCCUUUAUACUCAGUUGAUAACCAGAUUACCUUCAUCAGAACCUUGGCCUUGACCUUGUGAACCCUAGAAGCAUUGCUAAUCCAGUACAUGUACUAAGUCACACCUGCAGAGCCUGGUGGUUGUAUUCCAAAGAUAACGGCAAAUAAAGAUGUCCUUCCUGA